CUUUGCUGAGGUCCUUCCUUCAACUCCUUCCCUCAGUUCUUGCUCGAAUUCCCUUAACGUUAGCAAUGGUUCGUGUAUUCUCCAUUUCCUUGCUCGCUAUGUUGGCGGGUCUUGCAUCCGCAAGCUCUCUUCCGGCACAAGAAGUUAUAAAUCAGCCGGUGCACGUCAUGGAAGGCUGGUCCUAUGAAGAUUGUGGCUCCUCAUCAGACGCCAUUCAGGUGAAAUCAAUCAGCCUCUCCCCGGAUCCACCCAAGCCGGGUCAAGACCUGACCGUCACGGUUGUAGGGACUGCUCAACAACGAAUCGAGGAUGGAGCCUAUGCCGAUGUCGUCGUGAAACUUGGACUCAUCAAACUUCUCUCGAAGUCGUUUGACGUUUGUGAAGAAGCACGCUCCGCAAACGCAAGCAUCCAGUGUCCAAUCGAUGAGGGCGAGUAUACUGUGGUCCAGACGGUUGCAUUGCCGAAGGAGAUCCCUCAGGCCAAAUUCAGCGUCAGUGUGAGAGGUUACACUGUAGAAGAUGAAGAUAUGCUAUGCUUGGAUCUCAAAGUUGAUUUCAUGAGGAACCCCUUCCCAAGAUUCGGGUUUUAAAUUGCAGUUACCUUCACCUCAUAGCGAUAUCCUUUACAUUUGGCUUGUACUAUAAUACGUUUUGACCUUUGGCUUCAAGUCUGCUAUGCAACAUUCUAUUUUGGAUUUGGAAGACCCUAAAUUAAAAUAUGCAGUCACGUGACGAAAU